AUGAACAUUGAAGAGACACAGAAAGAGAAAAAAGAAGGCCAGAUUGGGAGGCAGAACUCAAUAUAUGUUGGAGACAUCCCGACUAGCACAACUGAAUCAGAUCUAUUUCAGAUAUUCUCAAAAGUAGGCCAGAUAUAUACAGUAAUUAUUCCAAGAAAGGAGUUAUCAAUAGUAAAAGACAAGUGCUAUGCAUAUGUCACAUUCUUUGAUGAGGCAUCUGUUCCUACAGCAAUAGAGACAUUUAACUUUUACGAGCUCAAUGGGUCUCAGAUCCGGGUUAUGCCACUGGAUAAAGAAAGUGUGGUGAACAACCGAGAGGGAAACAUAGUGAUAAAAAAUCUGCCAAAAGAGACAGACAACCAGACACUUUAUGAUACAUUUAUCAUAUUUGGGCCUAUUGUGAGCUGCAAAGUGGUUAAGAAUAGUUUGUCAGAGUGCAGCGGAAUAGGAUACAUACAGUAUAAAGACCCAAAGAUUGCAGAGGUAGCAAUACAGAUGAUAAACAAGAUUAUGCUAAAUGGGAAGAAGCUUUGUGCAGUGCAGUGCGUCCCAAAUGAUAAAAGAGAAAAAAAGAGAGAGAAUGUGGAAAAGAUAUUUACAAACAUCUACAUGAAGAACUUCCCAAAGGGAGUAGAAGAGGAGGAGCUCAAAAAGAAGUUGGAGGAGUAUGGUGAGCUUACUUCAUUCUUUGUGCCGCGUACAGAGACAGGAGAGAUGCGCGGAUUUGCAUUUGCUAAUUAUAAAACACAUGAGAUGGCAGAGGCAGCAAUUCUAGGACUGCACGACAAGCCUUUCUUUGGCGGAAACUCAGGAGAAGGAGAAAAUCUUUAUGUUCAGCGGGCCAAGCUGAAGAGCGAGAGAGUCGAGGAGACAGCUGGAUACUUUGCAAACCCCCCAGAGCAGGAAGUCAGAAGAAACAUCUACAUUACAAACCUUCCAGGGGAUCUGAACGAAGAAGACGUGGUAAAGUACUUCAGCAAGUACGGGCCAAUAAACACGUACAAGCUGGGAACAGAUACGAAAAACAACAGAUCAUACGGAUAUGUGUUCUAUCAGAAGGCAGAGGAUGCAGCAAAGGCAGUUGAGCUGGCAAACAAGAGCGAGUACUGCGGGCAACCACUGGGCGUAGCAUUCUUCAAGUGCAAGAAGCUGAGAGAGCUAGGAAAGGUAACAAAUAAUAUUUAUAGUACUGCAGGAGGAAACAGUUCAUAUGACAUGUCCGGUGCCAAGGGAAAGAAGAAGAUGCACACGCCAGCUUCUGCAAAGGAGGGCAGCUGCACAGCUGGGUAUGAACUAUACACGCUUAUCCUAUCUUUGGCCCCAAACUACACAGAGAAGAUUGCUCAGGCUGGAUUCGCAAAUGAAGAAGAGUUUGCAAAGAAGAUUACUGGAAUGAUCUUGGAGUUGGAUGCAGAAGAAGUCAAGCGAGCGGCUGUUUUAGGGAAUGUUUUAUCAAACUAUGUGGAAGAGUCUCUAGAGGAGAUUAUUAUGCAUCGAAGAAAAGAUGAGUCGGCAGAGAAGAAGGCUGUAGCCAUAGAAUAA